CACUUGCAUACAGACAGGGUGAGGAGAGAAAGGCGAGAGCAGUGGAAGGUGCAUGGAGGAGAGAGAGAAAGGAAGACAUCGCAGAGAGCGGCACCACUAGGAGAGGACCAUGCUGGAUUGACUGCACAGAAGCAACCACAAUCAAUGGCUCGCCUUUGAAAUCGUUCAAAAUUUAUCGGAAAGGAGAGGAGCGGGAAAAAAACAAGCGACGACGAGACAGCGCGAGAGAGUGGGGUGGAAUUAAAGAGUCCCCCCUUUUUUCCUCCCCAAACAUGGAGCUUACAAUGGAGAACAUUGGCAACCUGCACGGCGUGUCUCACUCCCACCAAAGCGGCGACCUCAUGAACUCCCCCCAUGCACGACAGUCGUCGGCGUCCCACCGGAACUUGGUGUCCUCUCACGGCCGCUCGGCCAUGGUGUCCAGCAUGGCCUCCAUCCUGGAGGGGGCCGGCGACUACCGUACGGACCACGCACUCUCCGGGCCCUUGCACCCGGCCAUGACCAUGUCGUGCGACUCGGGCAUGAGCCUGAGCAGCACCUACACUACGUUGACGCCGCUGCAGCACCUGCCACCCAUCUCCACCGUGUCGGAGAAGUUUCACCACCCGCACCCGCACGCUCACCACCACCACCCGGCGCACCAGCGGCUGGCGGCGGGCAACGUGAGCGGCAGUUUCACCCUGAUGAGGGACGACCGCAGCCUCGCCUCCAUGAGCAAUCUCUACGGUCACUACCCUAAGGACAUGUCCGGCAUGGGCCAACCUCUGUCACCGCUCUCUAACGGUCUCGGGCCUUUGCACAGCUCCCAGCAGUCCCUCGGCGCCUACGGCCCGGGAGCUCACCUCUCCAAUGACAAGAUGCUCUCCGCUGGGGGGUUCGACUCCCACGCAGCCAUGCUCUCCAGAGGCGAGGAGCACUUGGCGCGGGGCCUCGGGGGCCACGGAGCCGGGCUCAUGUCAUCCCUGAACGGCAUACACCACCACAGCCACCCGCACUCUCAGGCAAACGGCGCCAUGCUGUCAGACCGCGACCGGCAGACGGUGGUGGGGGGCGCUCAGGGGGGAGGCUCCGGCCAGGUGGAGGAGAUCAACACCAAGGAGGUGGCGCAGCGAAUAACGGCCGAGCUCAAGCGUUACAGCAUCCCGCAGGCCAUCUUCGCCCAGAGGAUCUUGUGCCGCUCCCAGGGAACUCUGUCCGACCUGCUGCGGAACCCUAAACCGUGGAGUAAACUCAAGUCCGGCCGGGAGACCUUCAGGCGGAUGUGGAAGUGGCUCCAGGAGCCGGAGUUCCAGCGGAUGUCGGCGCUGAGGCUUGCAGCCUGCAAGCGCAAAGAACAGGAGCAACACAAGGACCGCAACACGGCGCCCAAGAAGCAGCGCCUGGUCUUCACCGACCUGCAGCGACGCACACUCAUUGCCAUCUUCAAGGAGAACAAGCGACCAUCCAAAGAAAUGCAGAUCACCAUCUCCCAGCAGCUGGGCCUGGAGCUCAGUACCGUCAGCAACUUCUUCAUGAACGCCAGGCGCCGCUGUGUGGACCGCUGGCACGACGACCAUGGCACCAGCCCAGGGCAGCCGGGCACCUCCGCCACCACCUUCUCUAAGGCUUGAAAGGAGGAGGAGUAGGAGGAGAGGGCCUUCAGAUGGCCGGGCAUCUAGGUUGGAAGAGCAGGUGUAGCAAACUGGCAUUGAGACCCUGCCUAUGAUAACCAUUCCUGGCCUGGACCGAUCUGACAGCGCCAUCUGCCCGAGAAAUCCUUUGUGCCAUGCAAUCAUCUUUUUUUGUCGGUCAAAAAUUCAAGCUCUAAAAGGUGAAGUCAGGUCCAGUCUGUAUUACUCACAUAAGGACAAUCAUUGAUUCUGUCUUUUUUGAAAGAAAAUCAUCCUUACGGCAUCUUUGUUUCAGACAAAGUAAAGAGACACCAAAGAUUUUUUGUUGUUGUUGUUGGACAGUACUGGGCACAAGCUAGCCUCCUUCACCACCGACGUAGCCACUGAUCCUGCUUUUCCCCCCCCUCCCGAUUCACCUCUUUGUGUCCACUCUUAUAUCCCUCUAUGGAAGCAAAAAAAAACGGCAAUAAAUCUGACAGAGCAGCACAUAGCCUUAUUAUCCAAGCCCUAUACUGCACACACAAGGCUCUCAAAACCCAAGAACGACGUAGUCUGUAAGAAAAAAACAAAGCUUUCCAGUUCCCUCCGCCCCCUCAUCCUAUAAUCUUCCUCAUUCCUCGGCCUAUGGUAUUCCCUGAUGGCCGCCCAUUGCAGAAAGCAGCUCAAGCCCGAUCAUACGGCGAGCUAAUGAAUUGAAAAAUGAAUCGAUGCAGACAGAGCGAGCAAGGCCUUGACCUCUCCCUCAAGGUGAAAAACCAAGACGCUCAGCAGCAGCAGCAGGUCUUCCAGGCACAGGUCUACAUAUAUAUUUUUGCACAGAUGUUGGAGGCCUGUAGAGGGAAGACGUGUCAUUGUAAGCCUGAACCGAGAGGUUCUUUGACUGGGAGAGGCGGGCAAUAUGUCUGGAAACGCUCUUUUGUUCAGUUAGGAGCUUUUCCUCUGAUCGAUAGCCCAGAAAGCGACAGUUAAAGCGACAAAAACACGCUCAGGCAUCCGUCCAGUCGCUAUAGGGAAAGCACUCAAUGGAGAUGGGGACACAAAGGGGCCUCAGAGCACCUCCCUUCAAAGAUCAUUUACUGGUAGAGCCACAGUGCACCCUGCUGGCCAAAGUGUAGACACAUUCAGGCACUGGCUGAUCAAUAACUUGGCCAUUGUCCUAGCAAAAGCAGAGGGGGAUGGACAAAGGCAUCCUAAAACUGCAGGGUUUGAGCAACCCAACAAAUGUCAAAAACAGGAGAAGGGCAAAGGUACAAUAUAAACAAGAUGCAUUAUAUUUAUUUUGGGAGGCUUCCUUGUCCGUCAUCUCACAUUUCAAAAAACACAAAAGGCUAGCUAUAGCCAACCCAAGCUGUCCAAAAUGCUACAAUAAAUUUGUGCCAAUGCUUUACUGCCUUAAUUCCAAUCAGACAAUAUGGUUCACACACACAAGUGACAUUUGUUGUUUGUCACCACAGCAACCAACAAUCAACUUAUUUUUUUUCUAAUUAAGGCAAACCUCAAAAGACAAGCCGUACAUGUUGCAAACAAACACAGAAAGUCAGGCGUUUUUUUUUCUUUCUUUUCUACCUCCUCAAACCCCCCUGCCCUUUGACCCUUUCCUCUCUCUAUGAUGAUGCGGGUAUUCAAUUAGUACCAUAGACACAAAGUUUCUAUUUCUUGUUACAAUUGUGCUCUGUUGUGUGCAUAAAGGUAAGGCACCUUGUUGAUGAAUCAAAAACAAAAAAAAGGUAGGACUUUCUUAAAAGCAAAAACAAAAGGGGGUGCUGGGGUGCAAGGAUGGUGGCUGAUGAAGGACAUUUUUUGCUUUUUUUUUGGCAUUCAAUGGGACUCUGAGGAGACACUUACCACGAGAAACAGGGAGAAGAAGUAGUGACUCUUUUUUGGCAUUUUUAUGUCAGCAACUGUGGUAUUUUUUGGAGCGCUUAAAACACAUGGGAGUCCAAAAAAAUUACGUUCAAAAUGUGCUUCAAGGGGGAUUAUCUGUAUGGUCUUAAGAUGCAAUUGUAGCAUUUCCAACAAUGUAGUCAUACGAGAAGUGCAGGGGGCGUCCAGACUUCACUUCACUUUGCUGUAAGCAGUGAGUUAAAGCCGCCAAAGGACGACAAACUAAAAGUGUGGUACAAAAGUGUUUUGGGUUUUUUUUUUUGGGAGGGGGGUGAAUAAGGGAAGAAUCAGCUCGAGAUAUUCGGGCUGACAAAAAUGUUUGUAGUGAGAAAACCAAUGUUGGCUACCUCACUAAGCUGAGUGGUUUGUGAAACCGCCACUGAUACCAAAGAUACUGCAGCCUACCGCUCCCAAAAACAUCUAUGCCUGUGGGGGGCCGCCACCACCCAACAACACACACAUACUAUACUGUAAACAUACACAUGCAUACCGUAAAUGCUCUAAUUAGAGCAGAGGUGUUUAUUUACCUACACCACAUAGACAAACGGGACCAUUAAAUUAGAAACAGGCAAUAACUAGAGAGAGUUACUUCCAAAAGUUGGAAACUCAUUCAACUUCUGAAUGAUUUUGGAAUGCAUGGGAAAGUGGAAAAGGAACUGUAUCUCUCUUUGACCACAAGGUCAUUAAGCAACACAUACAUUGCAAAACACAGCAGCAACAAACCAAUGUCGUAAUAGUGUUUAGGAGCAAACUGCUUAGCCAGCAUUGAUAACAAGGAGAUGAUUAAGUGUCACACGCAUGAGUUUCACACCAAUGACAGCUGACUAUCGCAACUAAUAUUUUGAAGCGCAUGCAGAGGUAGAUAAAGCUGGUGGAUGCUGGCCACUCAUAAUACUUUAAAUGCAAUUACUGCCAUCUUGUGGUGUUGAUAUAAAAAAAUACAUCAAGAUUGUUUGUGUUAAUGCCAACGUUCAUUUGCAUAUUUAGGCCACACAUCUGGCGGCUAUAAGAGACUAAUUGAAUAGAGGUGUUAAAUGGAGCAUUUACGGUAUAAUGGUAGUAAGUAACAGCGCAGUCAGACUGCUGUUGGCCACACAGGAGAGUGGCCAGCUAGCAAGACAGAGUUGAGUGCCUUUUCCCUUCAACCACGGGUGGGACUGCACUGGACACACACACACACACACGCACACACACACAAACAGACGUACACACACAUGCAGGAGCAUGCAUGUACAGAGCAGCGCGCCCUUUUCCCCAAACAAUGCGCCCAUAAUUGGAUGGACAGUAAAGGGGGAGGUGGGAGAGGGACACAGGCUGUGUCAGCGUUUUCUCCUCAUAUUGACUUUCCAUCUUGAUACACUAGAAUACAAGCACUUUAUCAUGUAGAAAGUCUAUAAAACAAUCGCUAUUUGCUAUUUAUUUCACUCUAAAUGAUGUGUUAUAGCGCUUUCAUCUUUCACAGCCUUUGUUAUUAUACCUUUUUUUUAAGAUCCCCCCCUCUCCCUGCCCUGCACGCUCAGCCGCUUUUGCCUCUCUCGCAUCAGAGAUAUUUUUGUGUAACAGUGAAAGAGGGAGGCAAAAAGGCAAAGGGUUCUGGGCGCCCAGAGGGGUUGUAUUGUAGUUGUUAUUUUAGCAUCUCUCUCCACUUGUGCAAGCACAGAGGCUGCGCUAUGAAAAGUGUGGAAGACUGGUUAUAAACACAAAAACCUCUCCUCCCCCCCUUUUUGACCUUGUCUGUCCAUUUAUCAGACCCCCCCCACUCCUGGCUAGUGCUCAGAGCCGGUAGGCGUGUGUUUGACAAUUAAUUCUGAAAUACCUCAAAAACCUUUCAUGUAAACUUUAUGUAAUUUAAAAGUGAAAAUAAUAACUGCUAAUGAUAACGAUGAUGAUUAUGAAACUAUGAUACUAUGAUAGUUAGUUUUGGAAUUUGUGACUUGAAGCUUUAUACUGUUAAAAAUAAUCCUCUCUUUACUUUCUUUUGCCCAUUUUUUAAAUUUUUCCUCUUGUACGUUUUUUUUGUUUUGCUACGGCAUGUACUUAACUGUUUUUCAUAAAGGAAAAGACAUUGUGAAUGUUUCUGUGGAGGGCGACACGAGACAAAAGACAGAAGACAAAGCUGUGAGACAAACACGGACGUUUAGGUCAAAGCCCUCUUACAAGGCAGAAUAUCCUAUUGGACAAAGAAAAAAAUAGCAUUGAUUGAUUCUUUUCAUGAUAUCAGACCACUACCUUAGUAUAUUCACUUUUGCUCCCCAUAUUUCCUAGUGAAUUAAGAUUGUGAUUUUCGUCAUUUUUUUAUUUACACCCUGGUGACAAGCAAAGUAAAAGUGUCAAAGUGUGUGUCAAAAUAUGGGAAAGUGUUGGUAGUGCACCGGCUAGCUAACCACACUACAAGUGCAUUGUUACCCAUAGUUUCAAUAGACAUGUACUGGUCAGUUUUAUGUGAUAAAGGUUACCUAUAACUGUGAAGAAAAGCUCUGGGUGCUUGUUCUUAAGCACAUAGAUGGCUAUUUAACAGCAAGGGUAAAUGUUUCCAACAGAAACGUCCACAGAGAGAGACGUUGAUUUUUUUUAGACAUUAGCCUGUUAGCAUCUUAAUGAGUCUACCCCUGUUAGGGUCUAAACUUUCUGCUGAUGUCAGCAUCUUAGCUGGUGUGUUUUCGUGCUCUGGUCCACUUUCUCGUUUUCUUUCAUAAUAACUGUAAAAAAAACAACAACUGUUAAAACAAUUUAAAAAAAACCCAACAGAAUCUUACUUUACCUUCUGUUAUUUGUUUGUCUUAUUCCAUUAGCAAAUACAAAGAGCAGCUCACUAGGAAGUGGUCUGAUGAUGCAGUGAAAAGGGCUUUCAGCAAAUCAAAAAUAUGACAAACCAAAAGACAACCUUUUUCUCACAGUUAGCUUUCUUUUGUCCCUUAAGUUGUCUUUUCUCUUGGGGAGGUGGGGGGGGACAAAAUUACUUUUGAAGGUUCCCGGGUGUGUUCAAGUGCUCCUGAUGUUCUUAGAAUAAUGAAGACCUAAUGUGCACCUUUUGUUGAAAAGAAGGUACACUGUUUUUUGUUCUUUUCUUUUGUGCAUGGAUAUUGUAUAACUGUAUAGAAACCAACAGGAAUGACCUGUGAUUUUUGUGGGGAAGGAGGAAAAAGGGAAGGAAUCGCCCUGGGCGUGGGUGGGAAUAUUUUGCUUAAUUUAAAAAAAAAAAUUGAGGAUUAUUAGGGUUUUCUGUAUUGGGGAGGGGUCCUCAUUUUUAGACUUUCCGUCACUGGUUGUGUGCAUGUGCUGUUGCAACCCCCCCAACCAACCAACCCCUUCCCCGUGUUCCUUUGAUGUAUAUAACUCCAGACAGUAGGGGGCAGUGUGCACUGGGGGAGGUCAAACUCCUCUCUUCCCAAUCAAUAGUAUUCAUUCCUCAACUUGCCAGCUGGCUCGGGUCCUGGAAAUGUACGUCUUGCUUUUCCAAAGACAGGGCUGUUUACUUGGAGUUAAUCAGAGGGACGCGCACAGGCCCGGGCCGGCCUAGAACUCACCUCAACAUCUGUCCACAUCCUUCUCUUCGAUCUGUAUGUGAGUGUGUGUUUGCUUUGUAACUUUGUGAAAGACCAAGUGUUUCUUUCUCACGUUCUUUCAACUAUGAGUUGCAAUAUUUGACCAUUACGACUGACUAAAAACAACCCAUCGUAGUCCCCUCCUCCCAACUGCAAGGCAACCAAUCACUCCAUCGCGGAACAACCUCGGCAUUUUACUGUCAAACAGCCUUAUGUGUGUGUUGUUCAGCCCUUGUGGGAUGUACGGUUGGCCAAUAGAGGGGCGGAGGAGGGGUGCCCCCCCUGAUGUAGACACCCCCAGUCACACUGUGCUCUCCCUCUUCUGUUACCUGUUAAUCAAUCAGAGCCAAGUGUCUUUGUGAUGGUAGAAGACAAUCAGUUUCAAAACAAGGAAAAAAGGUAGAGAGAGGGAACAGGCCAGUGGGGAGGACGAAAAGGGGAGGAAGAAUAAAAUCAUAGGGGGGGAGAAAAAAAGAGGCUGUCUGAGUCGUGAUGCAUUGCUGUCCCCCUUACUGCCAAAAAACGACCACCUGGUGAUGCAUCCCUCUACAUACCAUCAAUAGUACCUCACAAAAGAGAGUACACUUCACAUUUCAGCAACCAUUUUUAUUAUAUCUUAUAUCUACAAACGUAUCUUGGAUAUACUUUAGAUGAGUCAGUGUACAGCUAUAGAUUUACUGAAAAUGACUCAACACACAGUGAAUAUGUCCAAAGUGUGAAUAUUUAGUGUGAACACCAUUGUUAUCUAGUACUGCCUUAAUCCUUUGAGGCACAAAAUUCACCAAAGCUGCACAGGUUGUUAUUGGAAUCCUCUUCCACUCCUCCAUGAUGACAUCACAGGUGGAGCUGGUGAAUGUUCGACACUUGGCACGCCACCUUCCUUAUGCUUGAGGAUCCGCCGCACAGGUGCUCAAUUGGGGUUUGGAGGAGACAUACUUGGCCACUCCAUCACCUUCACCUUCCUCAGCAAAUAAACCGCAGCUCCCUAGCUCUCAUACAGCACCAGUUCACCAGACUGUAGGCAAGCCACUUACCUUACUACUCAUUUGUUUUGUCAGCUAUUUUGACAAUAUUGGCUGUGUGCCGAGUCAUUUUUAGUGAAUAGUAAAUCAAUACUGCUCUACAAGCGGUGCACUGACUAAUCUAAAAUAUAUCAAAUUUUCAGUUCUAUAGUAUUGUCCCUCAAGAAGAUAUACUGUAAUAAUAUGGUUGGUGAAAUUUUAGGGCUGUAUUCUUGUCUAAAAACAUAAAAUAAAAACCAUCACUUCUUUCUACACUCACAGCGUAAUGCACUGCAGUAGUGCUGUGGUACAACGAUGCAUCCUAUCACCCACCACCAUUUUCUGCUGGAAAAAAAACACAAAAAAAAAAACAAAAAAGGCUGCAGUUGGUGGCUUUUGCACACAAAACUAUGCAAACACCUGACCCUUCCCAAACUUAAUCGUUGCUGCUGGGUCAGAGUGUAUAGCACCCUCCCCAUCUCCCUCAUUUUGACCUCCAUGAACAGCCUACAUUUGUUCAGCAUGGGCAGUAGAGCGCCCCCUAGCCACUCAGGGUUAAAGUAGCGAGUGGCCGGGGAGUGUACGAUGCACCAGGCGAGGCUGCUGACACUGAAACCCACACACACAAAUGCCACUGCCACCAAAAAUGGAGUUACCAUUGUUUGGCAAUGUUUGAUUGUCUUUGCAAAACCUCCCCCCUUAGUGCCAAGAAAGGGCCACAAUCAACGCAAAGACACUUACAUCGCACUCUUACGUUUACAAAGUCGUCUGGAGAUGGUGGCUUGUAUUGCACUGACAGACACACACACAAACACGUGCACGCACACACACACACACACACAGACACACAUAGAAAGAAGGUGACGUCUGCCUUUUGAAACCAAAGAUGAAAUCAGAGGUAUGACAAUCUGGCUCGCAAAGCAACCAAGACAAUGUUCAGCUCUCCAGGGCUGCUCUACAGGUCAUGUGAUAUAUUAUAUAUAGCAGCCACCUUGUGCACUUACACAAACAGACAAACAUCAACCAUAGAUGAGGGAUAUGCCCACGCGCAGCAUCUGCUCAGAAAGCCUCUUUUCCCCCUCCCUCCCUCCUCUACCUCCUCCCACUGCAGAAGCCGGAGAGCCUGUGGAGGACUUUUUUAGUUCCACUCUAGCUGAGACUUUUUAGAAAGGAAGGGAAAAAAAUCUGAGUAAUAACUGUUACAGAAAAUCAAAUCUGACAAAGGAUAACAUGGGUAAAAAUUGCGUGUUUUGAAAUAAAUUAACAAAAUAAAACAAUUGUAAAAACACAGAAAACCUUUUUUUGUGGUUUGUUUUGCUUGGAUUGAUGUUGGAGAAAUGCCCUUUGACCUCAGCAGACAGUCUGAAAGAGUUGGUUUUACAAGGGCAGUGCACUUUGAGAAAAGCCAGAAUUACAAGAAUAAAAAUGUACUGCUUUGACUCGAAUAUAAGAUGCUUUUUUCCUAAACAGGUCUCAAAAAUUUGUCUUAUAUUCGGGGUUCUGGAUAUGUAUACAUUCACACUAGAAGGUGGUGCCAAACCACUUCUCCUGAAGCAAUGUCAGAGCUUUUUUUCUAUCAUUCACACACUGGUGACCUGCAGACACAGAGAGCCACUCAAAAAAAAGUGUCUCAAAGGUUGUGAGCUCGUUAGCAAACAACAGAGGACGAGUUAUAAAGCUAAUUUUAAGAUAAUGGUGAUCAACGAACAAAAGUUAUCAAAGGGGGCCAACUAUCAGUUAUUCACUAUUAUAGAAAAACAGACAACAGGAUGAGGCAACUUCACAAGUCUGUGUUGUUCACACAGAACAGCGAUGUAGGAAAAAGCUCGAAUAUUAGGGACAGUGUGGAGGGGGAUAAUAUUGCAUUUAUUUGACUAUAGCUUUUUUAA